CUCGUAAUUGACCGCUGUAAACAACGAAUAAUUAACAGCUAGUGUUUGCAGAGAUUACAAAUUGGAGCAAGAUGACACAGUGCACGGUCCUGGUGAUUGGUAGCGGUGGUAGAGAACAUGCCAUUUGUUGGAAGUUGUCUCAGUCGCCGUGUGUGAAGGAGAUCUUGGUCGCUCCUGGAAAUACUGGCAUCAAAGAAGUGGAUAAAGUGCAAUUAGUUGAUUUGAAUGUCAAGAAUACUAAGGAAGUUGCCAAAUGGAGCAAACAUAAUAAUGUUAAUUUAGUAGUAGUGGGACCAGAAGACCCCUUGGCUCAAGGUUUAGCAGAUGAUCUAAAAGACGUGGGAGUAAAAUGUUUUGGACCCCAAAAAAAAGCAGCCCAGAUUGAAGCCAAUAAAGAUUGGGCAAAACAAUUUAUGGACAGAAAUCAUAUUCCUACUGCUAGGUGGCAAGGCUUUACCUCUGCUGUGGAUGCAAAGAAUUUUAUCAAAAGUGCUCCCUUUAAGGCACUUGUGGUGAAAGCUUCAGGUUUAGCAGCUGGUAAAGGUGUAGUAGUGGCAAAAAAUCAGCAGGAAGCUUGUCACGCGAUAGACGAAAUGUUAAAUGACAAAAAAUUUGGAGCUGCUGGUGAGACUGUAGUUGUUGAGGAACUUUUGGAAGGUGAAGAAGUAUCUGUUCUUGCAUUUACAGAUGGUAAGACUGUCGUACCUAUGAUGCCUGCACAGGACCACAAGAGAAUCUUUAACGGAGAUCUCGGUCCAAACACUGGUGGAAUGGGAGCAUAUUGCCCAUGUCCACUGUUAAGUGAAACAGAAUACGAACAGGUGAAAAUAAAUGUUCUUCAGAAAGCUGUUGAUGGACUUAGAAAGGAGAACAUCCCGUUUGUAGGAGUAUUAUAUGCCGGUUUAAUGCUGACUGAAAACGGCCCGAAAGUCUUGGAGUUCAAUUGCAGGUUCGGCGAUCCCGAGACUGAAGUAGUAUUACCGCUCUUGGCAUCAGAUUUGUUUACAAUUAUGAAGGCUUGUUGCGACGGAACUUUAAGCUCGUCUCUCGUUUCCUGGCGCGAAAACGUAUCCGCUGUGGGUGUGAUUUUAGCAUCUCGAGGCUAUCCAGCAUCUUCAUCCAAAGGUCAAAUUAUAACAGGCAUUGAUGAAGUGGCACGUAAACGAGAUUAUUUUGUCUUUCACAGCGGCACGGCUGUUUCAUCAGAAGGCGAAUUAAUAACCAACGGUGGAAGAGUUCUUAUCACCGUCAGUAUCGCGUCAACCUUGGCAAUGGCAGCAGCUAGAGCUACCCAAGCUGCUGACUAUAUAUCGUUCGAUGGAAAGCAAUUUAGAACAGACAUCGCACAUAAAGGAAUCGCCAGAUCUAUUUUGCAGAGAGGACAUUUAACUUAUGAAAGUAGUGGCGUAAGUAUCGACGCUGGUGAUCAUCUUGUAUCCGCUAUUAAACCAGCUACUUGCUCCACAAAACGCGCUGGCACUGUGGGUGCCAUAGGCGGGUUCGGUGGCCUUUUUGAUGUAAAAGCCGCAGGUUACAACGAUCCUAUUCUUGUGUCAGGCACUGAUGGUGUUGGUACCAAAUUAAAGAUAGCAAUUGAAUGUAAGAAGCACGAUACAGUGGGCAUAGACUUGGUAGCUAUGUGCGUGAACGAUAUCCUCGCACACAACGCGGAGCCGCUGUUUUUCUUGGAUUACUUCGCUUGUGGCAAACUCGACGUUGAAGUAGCUACGAAGGUCAUAAAUGGGAUUACUGAAGGUUGCAAGCAAGCAGGAUGUUCCUUGAUUGGAGGAGAAACUGCUGAGAUGCCAGACAUGUAUCCCGAAGGAGAAUACGAUUUAGCAGGCUUUGCAGUAGGUGCACUCGAAAAAGGCAAUUUGCUACCACGCGUGAAUGACAUUAAGGAGGGUGAUGUGAUAAUCGGUCUUCCAUCAAGCGGCGUGCACAGCAAUGGUUUCAGCUUGGUGCGAAAAGUUUUGAAACUCGCAGAUAAGAAAUUUUCAGACGUUGCACCUUUCUCAAAGAAUAACCGAACGAUUGGUGAAGAACUGUUGGAACCAACUAAGAUUUAUGUAAAAAGCGUUAUUCCUACCUUGCGAACUAAUCUGGUAAAAGGAUUCGCGCACAUAACUGGUGGAGGUCUUACUGAAAAUAUUCCUAGAAUUUUACCUGAGAAUUUAGAUGUAACGUUAGACGCGGAAAAGUGGAAUGUUUUGCCAAUAUUUAGCUGGUUAGCAGCCAUUGGUGGAAUUAAUAAAUACGAGCUGUUAAGAACAUUUAACUGUGGAAUCGGUGCGGUCUUGAUAUGUUCCGAGAAAGACAAGACUGAAAUUUUAACUAAACUAAAAAACGAAAGCCCUGUGGUUAUCGGAAGCGUUAAUAGACACUGCGAUGGACAGGCUAGAGUGCACGUAGAGAACUUUGAAAAAGUUUUCGAACCGGAAAUGAAACAAUAUGUUCCAAACUUGGUUGCAACACUGAGUAAGCCUCUUAAGAGAGUAGGUGUCCUAAUAUCAGGUAGCGGCACAAAUCUUCAGUCAUUAAUUAACGCUACUCAAGAUCCGUCUCAGCACAUUGGAGCGGAAAUAGUUCUGGUGAUUUCCAAUAAGCCUGGCGUUGAGGGAUUAAAACGUGCUGAGAGAGCUGGUAUUAAGACAGUGGUAAUUAAACACACCGAUUAUCCAAGCCGCGAGACCUUCGAUGCAGCCAUGAAUGUAGAACUUCACGCUGCCGGUGUUGAAAUAGUAUGCUUGGCUGGCUUUAUGCGAAUUCUUUCAGAACAGUUUGUGAAGCACUGGAAAGGAGCUUUGUUAAAUAUACAUCCCUCAUUGUUGCCAUCUUUUAAGGGUGCUAACGCACACAAGGAUGUUUUAGCAGCGCGUGUGCGUGUGUCGGGUUGCACUGUGCACUUUGUUGAGGUUGACAUAGAUUCAGGAGCUAUCAUUGAGCAAGAAGCGGUGCCCGUGUUCCCAAAUGAUACUGAGAAAAUUUUGCAAGAACGUGUAAAGACUGCAGAGCAUCAAGCUUAUCCUCGUGCCUUAAAACAUCUGGCGACUGGUCGUAUAAAAUUGAAAGAAGAUGGCACUCUUCAUUGGAAUUAGAGAUCAUAUGUACAUAUAUACACAACGGGUUUAUAAAAUAUAGAAGUUAU